AUGGUAGAUCUUAACAAACGAUCGUUUUUCAAUUUUACAUUAAAAGAUAUAUUAACUAUUAUAUCUUCGGUUGCUAUACCCAUAGCUCUUGCUAUUUAUACUGCAAUUGGGUCUCAACAACAAAAAGCACAAGCAGAGAAAAAACAAAAAUUCGAUUUUGAACAAUUAACACAAUUAAGACAACAAACACUUUAUGAUGAAUUUUUAAAUAAUAUUUAUAAAUUAGAUAAAGAUGGUUAUCUCAACGAUACAAAAAAUCCAUGGGCAUUUGCAAAUGCAUAUUAUCGUGCUGCUCAUCGUCAAUGGGAUACAAUACGUAAGGCAGACGUUAUACAAUUCCUUAAAGAAAAGCAAUUAAUUGGUAGAAAUAAUUGUAGUGGUGGAUGUAGAACAACGAAUUUAGAUGAUAUAAUUCGUUUGAAUGAAUUAAGUUUUGAUAAUAUACGUCUGACAAGUGACACUGGUCUAUUAAAUAAGUUAAAUUUACAAUGCAUUUCUUUUGAUCAGCUAUCAAUGUCAAAUGGGGAGUUUUCAUCUGUUAAUUUAAAUGGUGCAUCAUUUGAUGGAGCACGUGAAGAAUAUUCUAUGGCAUCAUUAGCUGACAGUACAUAUUAA